AUGUGUGACAACUGUGACCCCGAAGACAAACCCCCAGCACCUCCAGUCCGAAUGAGCAGCACCAUUUUCAGCACAGGCUCCAGCAAAGACUCUCUCUCAGGCAAUCACAGCUCCAAACCCCUCCCCUCUGUUCCCGAGGAGAAGAAACCUCGCAACAAGAUAAUCUCAAUCUUUUCAGGUGCUGAGAAAGGUGGUAGGAAAAAAGAUAGAGAUAAAGAGCGACCAGAGAUCUCUCCGCCUUCAGACUUUGAGCACACCAUCCAUGUUGGUUUUGAUGCCGUCACUGGGGAGUUCACUGGUAUGCCAGAGCAAUGGGCCCGGCUGCUUCAGACUUCAAACAUCACCAAGUCAGAGCAGAAGAAGAACCCACAGGCCGUCCUCGACGUUCUGGUUUUCUUCGACUCGACAGGCAACGGUCGGCAGAAGUAUCUCAGCUUCUCAUCUUCAGAAAAAGAUGCAUUCACCCCAGGGCCUCAAUCUCCAAUGAAAAAAGGCUCGGAGCCUUCAUCGGCCAACAUCAAGAAUAUCGAUGAUGAAGACGACGAUGAAGCUCCCCCUCCCAUCGUUGCACCAAGACCAGAACACACAAAGAGUAUGUACACACGCUCUGUUAUUGACCCAAUUCCUGCUCCAGUCACCUGUCCAGACGGGGACUCUGCCUCAAAGGCUGUGGACAGACAGAGGAAAAAGGGCAAGAUGUCGGACGAGGAGAUCAUGGACAAACUGAGAAGCAUAGUCAGCAUUGGAGAUCCCAAAAAGAAGUACACCAGAUAUGAGAAGAUUGGACAGGGGGCUUCAGGAACAGUAUUCACUGCCAUUGAUGUUGCUACGGGACAAGAGGUUGCCAUCAAGCAAAUCAAUCUCCAGAAGCAGCCCAAGAAGGAGUUAAUCAUCAAUGAGAUAUUAGUUAUGAAGGAGCUGAAGAACCCCAACAUUGUCAACUUUUUAGACAGUUUCCUGAUGGGGGAGGAGUUGUUUGUGGUUAUGGAGUAUCUGGCUGGAGGCUCACUGACAGACGUGGUGACGGAGACCUGUAUGGAUGAGGCCCAGAUCGCUGCCGUUUGCAGAGAGUGUUUACAAGCGUUGGAGUUCUUACAUGCAAACCAGGUCAUCCACCGAGACAUCAAAAGCGACAAUGUGCUCUUGGGGAUGGAUGGCUCUGUCAAGCUCACUGAUUUCGGCUUCUGCGCUCAGAUUACUCCUGAGCAGAGUAAGCGCAGCACCAUGGUUGGCACGCCGUACUGGAUGGCCCCAGAGGUGGUGACCCGGAAGGCCUAUGGGCCCAAGGUGGACAUCUGGUCCCUGGGUAUCAUGGCCAUAGAGAUGGUGGAAGGAGAGCCUCCCUACCUGAAUGAAAACCCCCUGCGCGCGCUCUACCUUAUUGCUACCAACGGCACCCCUGAACUUCAGAACCCGGAGAAGCUCUCACCCGUCUUCAGAGACUUCCUUAACCGUUGCCUCGAAAUGGAUGUAGAGAAACGAUGGGGAGGCACAGAGCUGCUCAAGCAUCCCUUCCUGAAGAUCGCCAAGCCUCUCUCCAGCCUCAACCCCCUCAUCCUGGCUGCCAAGGAGGCCAUGAAGGGCGAUCGUUAGUCGGAGCAGAGCAAAAGCCUCCCCGCCUUCCAAUGCUGUGUGCACGUCUGUGCCAACCGUUAUCGGUGUGUUCUCUCUGUGCCAGACAAUAGGCUGGAGUCUGGGGCAGCCGUCUGAUUCAGCCCUGAAAAACCUCACUGUGAAGAAGACCAAAAAAUACAAAAAUGUCAAACAAACACCCAAGCGAAUAUCCUCCGCUGUCCGAAUGAACUAUGCUCCGCGCCCCAGCGUGUGAAGACAAGUCAACCAAGUGGUUAGUUACAGUGCCAGGCAUAGUUAUUUUGUAAAAGAAAAAAAGAUGGCUAGUUCUGUUUAAUUUUUUGUUUAUGUUGGUAAUUAAAAAGGAAUUACUGCCUUAAACAAAUGCAAGUCGUUCCCUUAAUGUAUUGUUGUGUAUGUCUGUUUCUCACCUGUAUUUUUAAUAUUGUCCUUUUUACUUUUUCCAUCUCGUCAGUGUCUUCAGUUUAUUUUGAUACUUGAAUUUCAUAUUUGAUCCCCUUUAAUGGGCCCAGACCAGUUAUUCCCCACAUUAAACAUUGUAUUAUAUAGGAAAUGCCUCUCUCCCAUUACCUUCAAUGCCAUUAUGUUCAGUGAUCAUCUUGAUCUUUAUUUUGUGCCUUAUCUGUACCCUCUUGAUAUUGGAGAGGUGCACUUUAAAGGAAAAUCAAAUGUUACAUCAACAGGGUCCUCAUUUUCUUCUCUUUUUAUUGUAAAAAAAAAGACAACUGUUACGCCACAUUGAACUCGUUAUGUAAUUCUGGGGCAAGGGUAGUGUCCCACCAAAAUUGUACCGGGGGCGAAAAUUGUACCGCCUACGUUAUUUACUAGCUAAAUUCAAUGCAAUACAAUUAUAAAGUAAAAACAAGUGUUAUCUGAGUUAUGUUAUUUCGUCUUUGGCAACAUGAGCGAGAAUGUUUUUUGAAACCUGCCUGGCAACGGACAAUCGCGUCGAACGAUGACUUAUGUUUCGAACGCGGAUUACGUAGGCGGUACAAUUUUCGCCCCCGGUACAGUUUUGGUGUGACAGCAGCACACUGCCUCUUUUCCAUUUGUAUAUUGUGUAACUUUCAAAGUAGUUGGGGAAACUGUGGCUAUAUCAUGCUGGUUAGCAAAUGCAGUAGUUAUUGUAUAUUGACAUAUUUCUUUUUUUUAGGACAACUAACAACUUAGUGCGCUCAAAUAAAUGCUGCCAUUGAUGCCUUUUGUGACUUUGUUGUGAAGGAAACCUGAAAGACAAGGAGGCAUACCAAAGACUGAACUAUCUACAUCAGGCUUCGCAUUGUGUUCUGUCUCAAAACGCCAGCAAUGUGGAAUUGGCUCGUUUUUACAGCUUUACCCAAAGGACUAUCGCAAAACGUCUAGUUUUGAGACAGGACCCGUCAGUGAAGAGAACACUGUGUAAGAAGUGCUGCUCAUUGCUUAUCCCUGGUGUGACUGCUACAUCAAGACAAAGAAG